GCUUGUUGUGCGCGCUGCGGAGCUGUUACCCUCCCGCUGCCCAGGCCCUGCCGGAGCCGCCGCCAGAAAUACAUCAGGGUGUCUCCAGUUUUUUUGAUCUUUGCAGCUACAUGACCUUGGCACCUAGAAACGUCAGACUGCUGACCUCAUACGUUCACAUCCCUAUGGGUUCUUGUGUCAUCGAAUAUAUUUUAUAGAAUGUCUAAUGGUUAUGAAGAUCACAUGGCUGAAGAUUGCAGGGAUGAUAUUGGUAGAACAAAUUUAAUCGUGAACUACCUCCCUCAAAACAUGACACAGGAUGAGUUACGGAGUCUAUUUAGCAGUAUUGGCGAAGUUGAAUCUGCUAAACUUAUUCGGGACAAAGUUGCAGGACACAGCUUAGGCUAUGGCUUUGUGAACUAUGUGAGUGCUAAAGAUGCUGAAAGAGCAAUAAACACACUGAAUGGCCUGAGACUUCAGUCAAAAACAAUCAAGGUGUCGUACGCUCGUCCCAGUUCUGAAGUUAUCAAAGAUGCUAACUUGUACAUUAGUGGACUACCAAGGACAAUGACACAAAAAGACGUAGAAGACAUGUUUUCACGUUUUGGCCGCAUCAUCAACUCACGUGUACUCGUGGAUCAAACUACAGGUUUGUCCAGAGGAGUCGCUUUUAUCCGGUUUGACAAAAGGUCAGAAGCAGAAGAGGCAAUUACAAGUUUCAAUGGUCACAAACCCCCAGGUUCCUCUGAACCCAUUACUGUGAAGUUUGCAGCCAAUCCUAACCAGAACAAAAAUGUGGCACUGUUAUCACAGCUGUAUCAUUCACCAGCUAGACGAUUUGGAGGGCCAGUUCAUCACCAGGCGCAAAGAUUCAGGUUCUCUCCUAUGGGUGUAGAUCACAUGAGUGGGCUUUCUGGUGUAAAUGUUCCAGGGAACGCAUCUUCUGGCUGGUGUAUCUUCAUCUACAACCUUGGUCAAGAUGCUGAUGAGGGAAUCCUCUGGCAGAUGUUUGGCCCCUUUGGUGCGGUUACCAAUGUGAAAGUUAUUCGCGAUUUCAACACCAACAAGUGCAAAGGGUUUGGUUUUGUGACCAUGACAAACUAUGAAGAAGCUGCGAUGGCCAUAGCAAGUCUUAAUGGCUACCGCCUGGGGGACAAAAUCUUACAGGUUUCCUUCAAAACCAACAAGUCCCACAAAUAACUUGCUCGUGCUUUUUGUAUGGAAUAGAUAAUGGAGUGACCGAAGUUAAAACAUUUUUGUUAGUGUAAAACUCAUUUUGCGCCAAUUUUCACAAGUGUUUGUCUUAGUCUAAAUGAGAAGUGAAAAAGGUUUUUAUACUCUGGGAUGCAACUGACAUGUUCAAAUGUUUGAAAUCCCACAAUGUUAGACCAAUUUUAAGUUCCUUAAGUUAUUUCAUUAAAACUAUAUAUUAAAAAAAAAGUAAAAUCUUAAGUAGAUUGCAUUAACUAGACCCUCUGGAUGGUGGUAAAAUUGAAGCAUGCUUUCACUUAUGAGACUAACAUUUGUUCUAUUGAAUGUUGUCUGCAAAAACUGGAACUCUUUUUUGUUUUAAAUUUUUUUUUUUUUUAAUUUUAAACUAUCAAGCGGAUGCUGUUAGUAUGGUCCUCCCCUCAGUCCCCAAUAGCCUGAUAAAAAAGUUGAGAAAUACUGAUGUUGGCAGUACAUUGCUUUUUAAAGUAAUUUUCAUUGCUACAUCUAGUUGAGGAUUAGACUUCAUAACAUGAAGGUCUUGUAAGUAGUAGCAUGCCAGCAUAACUUUUAACACCAUUGAUGAGGUAAGUUGCACACUGAACAGUGGCCAAGUUGUCAAAUUAAAAGGUUUUACAAAAAAUUUUAAGCCCAGUUUUUCAUAGGAAUGGACCAAAGAGUUUCAGAGAAACUCGGAAGAUUUCAGAGUCAAAACGAAACUCCAAAAACAGUGUGAAUAUAUGUUUCUACUUCAUCAAACUGAAUCUCUUCUGUCCAAAUAUUUAAUGCAUGAUGCACUACUUACUGGUACAUUGUAAUGCAGCAAGAUAAUUAUUCAGUUUCAAAGAUCAUUAUAGUUUGAAUUCCUAAGGGUAGUUCCAUUUUGUAAAAACAGUUAUAAACAUUUGAGCAUUGUAUUUCUCGCAUCCCUUCUAACGAGUGCUAGAUUUUUCUAUUUUAAUAGGAUUUUGUUUUGACAACUAGCUUUACUUAUUGAACACUCAGCAGAAAAGUACUUACUUCAUACAAGUUAGAUAUUAACAAAAAACUGAUUGUAGAUUUAAAGAUUAAUCCCCCAAGUUUUCUGCAGAUUGCCUUGAAACUUUGAGUUGUUCUGUUUCUGUUAAUUUUCUUUUGCUUUUUUGUGUUUUUUGUUUGUUUGUUUUUACUUUUGCAUUUAAGACCAUUAAAUUUGAUUUUGUUUUGCUCGAAUUUUGUUUUGUUUUUUAUUUUAUAUUAUUUUUUUUGCCAAGUAUUGCACAAAGUGUCCAAUAUUAAAAGAAUUUUGCUUUAAAGUACUAUAGGUCUUCAUUAAAAUUAAAAUCCAUUAAUCUGUCCUUUUGACAGAUCAGUAGGGGAAAAUAUUUGUGUGAAAACAAAAGCAUUACAAUAAAUCUGUCGCAUAGAAAGUAUGUGCCAGAUACUCAGUUAAACACAUAUAUGUUGCUUUGUAGACAGACUGAACAAUAUUUCUUUUAUCAAAAAUGUGCUAUGUAAGGUAUGUAGGUACAUAGCUAGUGUGUGUGAGCAGGGACUUCACCUGACAAACUAUUGCAAGAAUCUUAUCUGUGUUCUGUCACCAGAGUUCAGAGAAAAUGCAGAAAUUGGGACAACUUGUCAGCAAUUAUCUUUUGAGUGAACCUGUGCCAAUCCCCAAGAACUAAUGAGUAGUCACUUCAGAUUCUGGAGGCAGUCCCAUGCAGAAUUGUUUUUGUUUGUAUGGUGCUCAAACAUAGGAUCUUAAAGAUCCUAUCUGCAUCACAACUAUGAUUUCUCUUUUUUCAGCAUCAGGACCUCCAGUCCUGUGCUGCUGCUGGAAUUUUGUGCUCUCCUUUCCGGGUACUUCAUUGUUUGGCUCUUUCUUGCUCUUCAGUCAGUUGCUGGCCUUUCCUUUAAUCUGCAGCAUGCACUUUUUGCUGUCAGCAGCCAGUCAUUUACUGCUCUAAUGGUUGGCUCUUUUGUGGUUGUACAUAGCCUCUCUCUGCUGGCUCCAGAAGAGCCCAGCAAGAGCAGAGCUCUUUUUUCCAAGGUCUCUAGCAAUGUUGAGUGAGAUGGCUUGGCUCUAGUGCAGUAUAUUAAAGUUCUUUCUGCUGCCUAAUGUGUGCUGCCUUUCCUUUGUUGCCAUUCCCAUUUACUCCAUGCCCCAAGCCUUUGAGAAGCACAGUCCGCAUCAGACAGUUGUAGGAUAAUGUCCUUCAAAACCAGCAGCUGCCACCAGGUAAAAGGUAGACAGUGGGCCCCCUCUAUGAGCUCCUCCUUGGACGGGCUGCUAUUUCCAGUGCUUCCUUUCCAUCACUCAUGUUUCCUGCCAAUGAGUCGUUCUUUUCGUGUAUCCUGUGGCUAGAUACUAGUUUUGGGGGGUUCAGCAGCUAUAUCAGGGUUGCUUUACCCAUAUCUCCAUGUUAGAGCUGGGGUUCUUAUUAUUUAAAUAAAUUCCUCUCACUGUGUCCCAUCAACUCUUUUACCAGCCCUAGACUCCUCCACGAGAGUGCAUCUUUAAAGAUCCAAGAACCUUCCUUGUAGUUCCCUCCAUCUCAUGGCUCAUUAAGAAACAUUUUAGUGGGAGCAGGGCUGCUGCUGUAAAGGGCAUGGUAGAUAGUUGCACAGACCAGUCUUUAAAAUGAGAUUAUGAUGCCUUUGUGGUAUUAAACCAUUAAAACGGCUCUCGCCCAUGCAGCCACAUCAAAAGCUUCACUGUUGUGAGCUUGCCAAACCUUGCUCUUAAGGCAGAGUAAUGACAACUCUUAGUGAUAUCCUCAGAGACUUUGACAUUGCUCUCCUUUGUUGGCUGCUUCGUGCAACAUUACAGAUUUUUUUUUUUAAACCCUUCCAAUACACCUCUGCUCAGUAAGAUUGAGACACAACAUCCUGGUUUCACACUUGGGGAUACAGAUUCUGUUUCUAGAACCCAUCUGAUCCAAGUUUCCUUUAGCAAUUUUGGAGGGAACCCUUAAUCUGUCAACGAGGCCAUUCACCUGAGCAAACUACCAUUCACCUAGGCAGGAGAAAAUCAGGAGGAGGUACGUUCAUUUAAUUCCUCAGGGGAUAAUGCCAGACAGAUAAAGCUACAAAUCUCCCUUUCAGUCCUCCAGGUCUAGGGGCCACUUUAUAUCUGGCCAGAGAGUGUGCUCAAAGUCCUUUUUUGUCACUGUCCCUAACAACUCCAAUCUGACUCCCCAGGUGGAGAGAAAUUGGGGCAUGUGUUCACAUUACUUAUUGAUGACUAACCGGAAGGUUAGUUCUGACCCAUACCAGACCUGCUUUCUCUCAAUCCCUCUGUUUCCAUCCUGCAGUCUUUACACUCUCAAUUCUAAUAAGAUAAAUCAAUGAUUUCUUCUGCCUGGUGGUUUAGAAGUGUGCCUGCCUUGAUGUGCCUAGUCAUCCGGCAUACCACACAUUUCCAUUUCUACCUGGACUGUCACCACUUCCAGCACUGUAGUUGUACUUUUUGGCCUCUUAACCCUCAGGGAGUGUACAGAAAUCAUAACCAUCAUCAUACCCAUCCCCAGUACUACAUAUAAGAAUUCUUUUGGCCUUUGUUCUGUCUGAGAUAGUUGGAAAGACUCCCUGAGCUCCUUAAUUUACUUUCUCUCCAGAUCCAGACAUCACUCCAGCGAUUGUUGCAUAAGAAAUCCCUAUUGAAGGGCAAUUUGCUAUUAGAGUUAUCUGUUUCCAGGAUAAUUCUGUCACCACAAUUACAAGGUUUCAAAGGAUGGAAUGUGCACUUGGGUCACAGACUGUGUCAAGGGUUCUGGUCCAGAGAAGUUAAGAAUCUAAACUUCAUGCAAUGAAGGACAAUAGGUCUGGAGGGCACAGGGUUUUCUUCAUUACGUACCAGCCAUUCUAAUUGAAUGAGAAAACAGAAUCUUUGCAGUUUAUAUAAUCUCCAAAAAUGAGCCCAUUUUUAAUUCAUAUCCACUUACGUUCAAGGCAACCUGCAUACUCCAAGGGACUGGCAAGUGAGAACAUCAAUAGAAGAAAUCAGUGAUACGACAGACAUUUUUUAUGUGAGUCUGCCCACAAGUGGAUCUGUUUGCUUCAUUUAAUAAUAUUCAGCUACCUCCAUUCUUCCCCAAACACAGAGGUUCCUGGGUUUUGGAAGGUGGAUUCCUUUUCCUGUUGAUCAAGCACAUAGUUGUUUGCCUUUGCUCCUGUAACACCCUUUUGACUGUUUGGAGACUGUGACAAGGAUGAUACUUGAGAACUUUGGGUACUCAUCUCAGCUGAUAGAAAUUGUACAGAGGGCAUGGAAAAACUACCCUCAGAAUUGGAUGUCUGGUCUUACUGUUUGCAUUAAUGUUCUUCCAUAGAUGUGUACGCUUCUCUUCAUGCCACUCUGUCAUUCAUCCUGGAAUGUAGGUUGGAUGGGAACCUUUGCCAGUCUGGAAUCAUUUCUUCUGUUUACCUGUUCUUUGUUUUUUGUUAAUCUUUCCAAGCAUUUCCUGGGGCUGUUGCUCCAAUCAGGCUCUUACAGUACCAAAGUUUGGAUACUAACCACAUUGUCUGCAUAGGACUGCUUCCAGAAUUUGAUAUGGGCAUGGCUACCUGGCAGUUCUUGCAUGACUGAUGGAGUUUCACUCUUAAGAUGAGACAAUUUUAUAGGUAAGGCAAAACUAUCCUAAUUAUAACCAUGGAAUGACUUCUAAAACUCCAUUAAAAUGUUCUGGGCGUUAGCUGUUGUUGUUAAGACAUUUUUUUAAAGUAUUAGAUUAUAUAUUUUAAUCUGGUAAAAUUCAAUGUUUUCAAAAGAAUUCAAAUGAAUUGAAAAAGUAUUCAGAAACUGGCUUUUUCCAGUCCAUUUUACUUAUAUUAAUAUAAGUAAUAUUUCUUAAAUCCUCCAACAAUCCAUUUUUUGUUUGCUUCACAAGAUCCCAUUGUGGAUGGAAUUCACCCUUGUGUAGAAGGGUUAACAACAAGGCUCGUGUGCCACUUUAGCCUUCAGUAUAGGCUUGUGUUGGUCAUUAGCACAGGGGGAAUUUCACUUUAAAAGCAAAAAAUAAAUACAUAAAAUUAUAAUGCUGCUAUGUGCUUUUGUACAAGAUGCAAAGAUAAAUACAACUCUUUCACAUGAGUUGGCAGCAACAAAAUAAUACCGAGAAUCAUGAAAGCUAUGAACUGAGACGAAGUAAAGCAACUUCUCAUAGUGUUUUUUUGUGUGUUCCAAAUACAUUGACCCCUCGAUUCUCCUAUUUGCAAACUGUUCCCAUGCACUAAAGUGAGCAGGAGGGUAUCUUUAUUCUUGAAGCUGUUGCAUCAUAAGAUAUUUGGUUCAUUUAGGAUCCUGUGCCCCCACACUGCUAUGAGGUGUGGAGGGGGGUGGAACUGAGCCAAAACAGUCAUGCUGCCUCCUGCCCCUGAGCCUAUGGCAACCCCUCCUCUUCAGUUCUUUUGGAUUGGGACUGUGAAGGAUUUCAAGAUCAUGCUGGGGAUGGAAGGGAAAGAGUAGGAGGCAUCACUCCCCCCUCAGUGAUGUAUGUCUAAACUUUUUUUUUCUUUCCCCUUGGUUGUUUUUGGGGUUUUUUUCCAGCACAUCCGCAUCAUGAUAGUAUCAGAAAACACACUGAUAGUAUUGAGGUAUUCAAGAUCUUGGAAUAGGUUAUGAAUUUCUCACUGCAGUUACUUGUAGGUGGUCAGUAUAUGGCCAUUUACUUUAUUGCAGGUGACCAAAUGGGUUUGAAUACCUUUACUUCUAAAGGUUUGUAAGUCAGCUGUUUUUAACAUUGUUUUUAUAGGAGCAUGCAAAGUUCUAGCAAUGUUACUUUUACAAAGCAAUUCAAAGUUUUGGAAUAAGAUACUGUAGCGAGUACUAUAAGAGAGAGUUUUCAGCAAUUGAAUUAAGCCUCAACUAAAAUAUCAGUCAGUUUUUUCUAAAAAUGAAAUCCAAUCUUUGUGAAUGUUAAAUUUCAAACAUAGGUAUUUCCUAGCCUCUUUAUAGGCAGUUACAUAAUUUUAUGUUUAAUGUUCCGGUUAGGCAAUAAAAUGGAGGUUCUUCAAAAAUUUCAGAAAAGGGUCUCAGCUUCAGUAUAUGCUAAACUGGAGUGAUUCAAGUUAAAUGUGUACAGUUUAUAAUUACAUAAUAUGUACUUCUAAUUAAUUUUAUAAGGGUGUCCCCAAAUGUACUUGAUUAGUUCUAACAAAAAUUUGCUUAUUGGAAUUAGGACUUCUAAUAAUUACCUGUAAAAUGUUAUAUAGUUCGUGGAAACUUCUUUUUUUUAAAAAUGCACAACUUUUUAAUGAAAUAUUGGUGAUGUCAUGGUUUUCCAUAAUUCUCAAAAGUAAAACACAGAGCACCCUCCACAUAGGGCUUUCUGUCAUAAUACUACCUCUGAUAUAAGGUUACCGAAUUUUGACUUCCAAAAUGGGAAGUUUGUAUCAUUGUUGAGCAAGCACCUUAUUACACCAUUUCAGGUUUUUUUGGGGCUCCAAACAAUUAGUUUAAGGGAGAUGGGACCAAUUCAUGGCUACUAUGAACAGGCACACCUCUUUUUAAGUCAUUGGAGUUGCAUUAAUUUAGUCAAGGACAAGAAUUUGUCACUUAGUGUGUACCACAUUUUCUUUAAUCUCUAUAUUUGUUGGCAGAAGAGUCUUCUGCUGUGCUGAAGGCAGGUUCCUUAACAUUAUGUCUGCACUUCCUGUUAAUACUGGGAAAACCCAGCACCGUAGGAUUGAUAGAGGAAUAUAUUGAUCCAAAGGCUAAGCAUUGUGAUCUGUAGUAUAUGCUACUGGGUUUCCGCCACAUUAUGAAAAUACAUGGAUUUCAAAGAAAACACAAUGACCCCACUUCCAUUUUUAAGUUGAGGUACUUGUGUAAUGCACAGCUUAGAGUGUCCAAGGUAUAAUCGAUAGAAUUAAAAAUUGAAGUUUAACUUCUCUCUAAAUUUCUUCUCUUAGUUCUAAUCAGGUACAGCAUUAUUUUUUCUGUAUGCUUUUUUGUAUCAUUCAUAUGUAGUAAAAUAUAUUUAAUAAAAAAUUAGGUGUAUAUUUUUCCCUGUGCAUGAUAAAAACACAAUUGAUGUUAAAGCUUUUAUGAUCUCUAAAACAGAACACAAAGCAUCCAGUGAGUGGCUUUGCCUUUAAAACUUGUUGUUGCUUUGUUCAAUCUUGCUGCAAUUCUUUGAUGUAUAUCACACUUGGUAAACAAUUUACAAGGACAAUUUUAACUAGAAAUAUUUUUCUGUUGAGUGGAAUUUUCAACACUAAAUUCUUGUGUUCAUGAUGAUGGAAAUUCAGUAAUAGUGGAACAGCUACCUGAAAUCUUGAAAUAUUGCUACUGUGUUCACAUUUUAGAAACUUCAUUCUCAUAUUAAUUAUUAUUCUCUAUUUUUAAACAUUUUUAAACAACCUUUCAGUGAUAUAGCUAAACUUUUUCACUUGGUCAUUAAGAAGAAAAUGACUUGAGACAUUUGAAGCAUCAUAAGUUGGGAUAAACCUUUUAUUUGACCAGUAAGUUUGAAUAAUAAUGUACUUCUAGUCUAUUUACUGAUUUUAUUUCCCUUAACUUAUGUAACCUUUUGUUUAUAAAGUAAUCUGUUUUGUGGGACAGAAGGCUUUAUCAAUUGUUUCCCAUACUGUACAGUAUAUCGUUAAUCAUUUUGUAUAUUAGUAUGUUUUUAAGUUAUUGAUUUGUUUUAUAUCAAAUAAUUUAUUUUUCAGGUACCAUUUUUUUCAUUUUAACUUUGUUUUUACAUGGGUUUAUUUAAAAUAAAGUAUGACACUGCUUUCCAAAUGUCUAAAAUGAAGUUGAAUCCCAUUGUGUUAUUUUGAGAGUGUUUAUGUAAUUAGUUUAUUUUAGUAGUAGUUGCAGAAAUGUACAAAGUCCAACUUCUGUUUGCAUUUUGAUUCAUAUUCUUGGAAGUUCUUAGCAAUGUUUUUUAAAGAACUGAGUUUUGAUAUUCAAGAACAUUGAAUCUUUAAAGGACCUAUGAAAGAAGAAUCAAUUUUAUAGAACCCUGUGGGUGAAGUUACCAGCAUUCUGGUUUCUAAAUGGUAUUCUCAAAAUUAAUAAAAACAAAACCACAAAAAUGUUUUACUCCAUUUUCAGAAUUUUUAAAAAUACAAAGUAAAUAAUAAUCUGUAACAGGGUUUUUUGUUUUUUUACCACAUGUUCAUUAUUAUUUUUAUUAAACCCUUGUUCAAAACUUCUUCAUAAUGUUAGUAAGUGAACUGGAAUGAAAACUAAUGUAUUUUCAAAUAUAAAAUCACAAUUAAGGCUUUUAUGUAAUUUUUGCUGAAUUGUUCAAAUACUUAUCUGUUUUCUCCACAGGAAUUGGAUGAUUAUUGUACACUGUACAUUAACUUAUUGGAAUAGAGACAUUUUUCAGAAGCA